CGGAUAACAAGUAGAAGCAUCAGUCAAACGCGGAACGUCGGUCAUGUUAGUGACAAUCUUGCCGUUUUUCUUGGCCGCGCAGGUCACCGUCGACCCCAGCCGGCAAUCGGAAUGGAACAUGUACGGUGGCGAGUGCACAUACGAUGUUUUCGUAAUAAUGUCUCUGUCGAACAUCGCCCCGGCGGACAAAUCUUUCUGCUCUGAGAUCAAGUCCGAUCUUAAGUGCCGACCCAAAGGACAGGACUCUCUGAGCUGCCACUUCCAGAACUCGUGGAUCCGGCAUCCCGGCCUGAAGGAAAACAAUUGCACGAGCGCGAUGGACCUUGUGCCCACGGGGACGAGAUUCGUAGGCGAGGAACCUUUCGAGAUCCGCUUCAACCCGAGGGGUAUCCAAAACCUAGUGGUGUCCAAGAAUACUCCCAGAUGGCAGCUGGACAUGAUCAGAGCCAUAGUCAGCCAGUUGAACAUCGGUUUCGAGGCGUUGGAACGGCGCGACCGAUUCACCAUCGUGGAGAACUCGACGAUGAAUAGCUGCGAGGUCGACGUCAGGUUCAUUCAUGAUAGCAGUGAAGAGGAGGACGAUGACGAUGACGAUGAUGAAAAGGACGAUUCGGUCGAGAAGAAUGGUGCCACCAAGCAGGGCGAGAUGGAAGGUCAGGACUUUGAGAUCCAAUUUGUGUCGACGAACGACAAGCCCGCGCGAACUUUGGACGAGAAGUUCCACGUGCAGAAGUUGCGACAGCCUAAGAGUUGUCCGCAAAGAACGAUCUACUUCUUCAGAAAUGAGGGAGAUUACGACCGCGGCGAUGAGGAAAUCUACAUGGAUAUGACCGACUCGGUGAGUCACAUCAUGAUCGAGAAGAAUAAAUUCCUGUCGUUUACGAUAGCGGCUGGCCUAAUAACAAACAGGUCGCAGGUCGUGAUACGACCUCAGCAGCACAUCAGAAUGAAGCUGAAGCAAAUAGAUCUCGCGCGACACUCACUGUCGGAGAUCCAGAAUCCAGUUUCGAUGAGUCUGUGAUAUUCUCGAAGCCGGAAGCGAUUUCGGAGGACACGCGAUCCAACCGUAUUGCAUUCAAGAUUUUUUUGAUAAAUGGUAUUCCGAUCGUGUGUAGUUCAAAAAUCAGUAGAACAUUUCCCGAAAUAACCGCUGUUCAAUAAUUAUUCGCCGCCACGUGAGAAGGACGUAUCAGACUAGUUAUUAAAGCUUAAUCAAUUGGGAUCAAAGCGAGAUCAGUAAUUAAUCGAUUCGUCAAAUUCUCUUGUAAGUCUUACCUAAGCAGAAACGUGAAAAGUGCAAAAUUCCAAAUGAACUUGAUGACUUAAGUGAUCACGUGACUUGCUGAAGAAUGAAAAAUGAAAAUGAAAAUGUGAAAUUAUGUACUUAUUACGUUUCUGCUCUUCGGAAAAUUUAAGUGAUAGCUUAUAUGGUCUCACAGCUAGAUUCCAAUAUUCGAUAUGGUCUAAGAAUCAUAUAUCGAGAACAUGAUCUAUGUUAUAAACGUGGGAGCAACUUUCUCGUUUCAUGAGAGGCUCAACUUCUGAAUUUCUUCUCCUUUCCGCCACAGAGGUACUGAAAAUUCUAUCAUUCUCAGUUGAUACAG